GUCCGCCUUUGAACUCGUAGUCGCUUUGCUCCUCCUCCUCCUCCUCCUCCUCCUCCCUCUUCCCUCUUCCCUCUUCCCUCUUCUCCAGUUCUAUCCGUCGACGCGGAAAGAGAGAAGUGUGAUCGAGGCAUGGGGAAUUGCUUCGGGUUUUCUGCGAAGACACAAGGCGAUACCAGAUCGUUGGAUCCAGCAGGGCUUUCGACCUCCAAGAUCAGCAGCAGCAGCGCCACCACCACCACGACCACCACCGGAAAGCUGUCCAACUUCAGCAACAGCACCUUUGGACAGUCGAUCGGCAGCAACGUGAGCGCAGAUGAGGUUUUUCCUGAGGGCCGGAUCCUGGAGGUCCCCAACCUUCGGAUAUUUACCUACUCCGAGCUGCGCAGCGCGACGAGGAACUUCAAGCCCGAGAAUGUCCUCGGGGAAGGCGGAUUUGGGAGGGUCUACAAGGGCUUGGUGGAGGAGAGGACUCUAAAUCCUUCCAAGAGUGGAACGGGGAUGGUGGUUGCAGUGAAGAAAUUGAACCCUGAGAGCAUGCAAGGCUUCGACGAAUGGCAGGCUGAAAUAAAUUUCCUAGGAAGGCUUUCUCAUCCAAACCUCGUCAAGCUCAUGGGGUAUUGCUUGGAAGACAAGGAGCUCCUAAUUGUCUAUGAGUACUUGCCUAAGGGCAGUUUGGAAAACCAUCUCUUUAGAAGAGGAGCAGUUUUUGAACCGUUUUCUUGGGACACUAGGCUAAAGAUAGCCAUUGGUGCAGCUCGAGGUCUUGCAUUCUUACAUUCUUCAGAAAGGCAAGUCAUCUACAGGGAUUUCAAGGCUUCCAACAUCCUCCUCGAUGUGAACUACAACGCAAAGCUCUCUGACUUCGGUCUGGCAAAGUAUGGGCCAAUGGGUGGAGAAUCACAUGUCACUACCAGAGUCAUGGGCACGUAUGGCUAUGCAGCUCCAGAGUAUGUUGCAACAGGGCACUUAUACGUGAAAAGUGAUGUGUAUGGAUUUGGAGUCGUCUUGCUGGAGAUGCUCACUGGCCAGAGGGCACUGGACACCAACCGGCCAAGUGGUCAACACAAAUUAGUGGACUGGGCAAUGCCGAUGCUGGGUGAUCGAAGAAAGAUAGGACGGCUAAUGGAUGCUCGGCUAGAGGGGCAAUACUCCUCCAAGGGUGCCUAUCAGGCAACUCAAUUGACACUGCGUUGCCUCGCCGGUGAACCAAAAAGUCGCCCAUCCAUGAAGCAAGUCGUCGAAACAUUGGAGAACAUUGAAGCCAUAAAGACAAGGUCGAAAAAUGCUGCUCCUCGACCCAUGGCCCGCAGUCGUGAUCACACUCCCACGCAUAGUAAUUCCCCUCUUCAACCAAGGAAGGAGACUAGUGCCCGCUCCAAUAUAGAAGUUUCUCACCAAACUCGCCAAGCAGCUACAUGAUGAUGGUUGUAUAAAGGUACUACCGUUUUGUCUUUUAUUUUGAGACGUGUUUGAUUAAUUAGUGAGCGAACUACCUAAGAUAGGCUGAUCAAAGAUAACAAGUUCUCUCUCGUGCAAUUCAUAUUCCACCAAUGCAAUCACAUUUGUUAAAGAGUGUAGGAAUGGAAAAGCAGAGAAUGAAACGCUACCUUUCACAUUAUCAAAUGAGGGUUUGUAAAGUACACAUAAAUACUAAAUGGUCAUUUGUUCUGGCAUUUUGGAUCAA